UGUGCGUGGAUUUACGUUGGAAAGCUUCAAACUUUGGGUUUGAUUCUUUUUGGUUUACUUUGUUGAUUAUUUUGUACAUCACUAAGCUCCAACCAUCGCCACAUACUAAGUGUUGAUACCCUCUUGAUGCCUCUGAAUCUGAUUGGACUCAACAUUUACACAUACAUAUAUGACACAUAAUAAUUACUAAUCACUCCAAUAAGUUUUGUCUUUUGCCUUGAAAUUUGGUAUCAAGUUUGAUCUGUUUCAACUUUCAAGAAAUUGGUUGCUCCCUUGAUUCAAUGGCGUCUUCUGGAGUGUCAACUGCCAUGUUAUCCAGAAAUUUUAGCACAUCAUUGGCAUCGGCAUUGCUGGAAUGGUUUCUGAUCUUUUUCCUUUUUGUUGAUGCUGUAUUUUCUUAUGUCAUUACAAAGUUUGCUAGUUACUGCAAAUUGCAAACCCCAUGCCUCUUUUGUUCAAGGCUUGAUCAUGUGUUAGGAAAGCAGAAAACAGGAUUCUAUUGGGAAUUGAUUUGCAGUGCUCAUAAAUUGGAGAUUUCUUCAUUGGUUCUUUGUCGCGCGCAUGAUAAGCUUGUUAAUGUUCAAGGAAUUUGCCAAAACUGCCUCUUUUCUCUUGCUAACAUCAAUAAAACCAAUGCUGAAAAUUGCAACUUAGUAGGUAAAUUUGGGGAUGAAUCUGCCUCCAGGUUUGAUCAGGAUCUAUUACUUGGUGACCGGAUUGAAACACGGUGUUCUUGUUGCAAUGAGCAAAGGAUUUUCAAUUCUUAUGAUGAAAGAUUGGCUUUCAGUAAGUCAAUUGAGUCUGAAGUUGUGGAUCUUGAUGAGUUAGAAGCUGUUAGAGACAAUUUACAUGACAAGAAAAGGAGAGCAAAACCAUCAGUAUCAUUCAGAGUUUCAAACCUUAGAAAUAGCCAGCUUGACCCUUUGUCUCAUGUAGGUUAUACAGAAGUCAAGGUUACUUCUGAUACUGAGUCUGAAUCUGAACUUCCCUUAUCCGAAGAUGACGAUACCAAUAUACCAGUUUCUGUAAAGGAUGAUACCAAGGAAGAUGUAAAACUACCAUGUGAAGACAUAGAGCCUACCAUCAUUGAUCUAAAUAAGGCUUCAGGGAAGCCCAGGAGUUUAGCUCCUCCACUUGAGCCAUUACUAUCAGAGCCGGAAAUUCAGUUAGAAAAUACGGAUACUCAUGCUAUAAAAUCUGUAUCAGAAGCAAUGGGAAGUGAGAAUAAUGAAGAAGAACUUGAUUGGCAACAGGCUGAAAAAAAUGCUGAUGCUACCACAGUAUCAAAGGAAAGCUAUGAAUUGACAACAAAUGAAGUUGGGCUAGCAUCUGAUAAAAGAUCUGCCAUGGAUUGUGAGGAAAUCAUCAAGUUAGGCAAUAAGCAAACAACAUCCGAAGCAGGUUCUGAACCAAACCCGGUUUCUAGUGACAGUUUUCAGCAAAAUCCCAUUAUAUUGGAUCUUGGUGAUGCUUAUAAGCUAGCUGUUGGUAACAAAGGAAGACAGUUAUCCGGCAUUCUUGCUGAACAAUGGCUUGGUAAAGAUUCUACAAGAGUUAGCGAAGAUUUGAAGAUGAUGUUGUCACAAUUCUCUGCCACUCGAGGAACUGAUCUGUCUAUGAAUGAUAUCAGUCCCAGAUUGUCUAUAAACAGUGACGAAAUGAAGAAUUCUGAUGUUUCUAACUCUACCGGAAUGCAGAUACUUCAAAAGAUGAUAUCACUCGAGCGAAAUGAGUCCGGCUUGUCUCUGGAUGGAAGCAUUGUGAGUGAAAUCGAAGGUGAAAGCGCGGUUGACAGACUAAAAAGGCAAGUUGAUCAUGACAGGAAACUGAUGAGUGCUUUGUAUAAAGAGCUGGAGGAAGAAAGAAAUGCUUCUGCAGUUGCUGCUAAUCAAGCACUAGCCAUGAUCACAAGGCUGCAGGAAGAAAAGGCAGCAUUACAUAUGGAAGCCUUGCAGUAUUUAAGAGUGAUGGAUGAGCAAUCAGAGUAUGAUACCGACGCUUUGCAAAAGGCGAACGAUGCUAUUUCUGAGAAGGACAGAGAGAUUGAGGAAUUGGAAGCAAAGCUUGAUUUUUAUAGGAAGAAAUUCCCUGAUGAAUCAACGAAUGAAAAUGUUUUGGUGACAAACUUUGAGAUGAAGGUGAAGGAUAUUGGAUUGGAUAACUCACAAUGUUCUGCCAUCGAAAGCGAAGAAAGUAUUCUUGGAAAAUCAGUUACUGAAAAUCCUAUUAUAUCUGACAAAGCUCAAGAGUUAGUCACAUCUUUGGAGGGGGAAAAUGUUCAACUUGUGAAAAAUUCAUCAUUGAAGUUUCAAGAGGAAAGGCUGUAUAUUUCGGAACGGUUGAAGAAGCUGGAGAAGCAAGUUUACCUUUUCUUGAAUAUGCAUCACUCAGAGGAGAAGUGCAUCAAUUCUGAAAGUUCUGGAAAGGAAUCCCCAGUAAACUGCGAAAAGUUAGACCGCAGUCUCAUGAUGCCAGAUUCUGUUUCCAUAUUAAAAAUGAAUUCAGAUACCAAGGAUUGUGAUUACUUCUCAUCCAAGGAACCUAAAGAUUUCGACGAAAAUGGUGAUUCCCCUUUGCUCUGUGGAAAUAAUGAUUUAGCUUCAACUGGAAAUGUGAUUCAUAAUUUCGUUGGAAGGCUUCAAAUUCUUGAGGCAGACCUGAGUUUCCUUGAGCAUAGUAUGAACUUACUAAGCAAUGGAGAUGAAGGACUUAAAUUGUUAAAGGAAAUAGCUGAUCAUCUGCAACAGUUACGUCGAAUCGGGAUUAGAGAAAUUGAUCAACAAGAUGUUUGAUGUUGUAUUUAAGAUUCAUAGAGCAGUGCUCAGUGAUCAGGAGGAAGGUAAAUUGUACAUUAGUAAACCAGGUUACCAGAGACUGGUUGCAACUGUACAGUAACAAUAGCUUAUUGCUUCCACUCACAAAAUAAGGUAAAAUAGAAACAGGAUUUCAAAUUAUAUAUGGAGAGCUUUUUAUUUAUUUAUUUUGUUUUUCAUUUGUCCCCUGCAUUUUUUUUUAUUUGGGGUUAGCUUUCAUGGAGCAUUUUGCUCCACUGAGUUUGCAUGGUUUUCAUGUAGGAUAAAAUUUUUAUACUUCAGUUUUGACAUUUGUAAAAGAUAACAUGUACGUAAGAGUGAUUGUUUUGUGUAUCUCGCGUAUUCUUGUAUCAAUGUGAGUAUUUUAGAGAAGUGUGACCUAAAAUUAGUAUGCUAUGUAUUGUUGUUUUCACGUGGACAAAUCAUGUUAAUACACGUGAUACUAUCGUUUGCUUUGA